AUCAGCCGUUGUUAUUAGCCGCCUUUGCUGAACUUCUGACCUUUGGUCAACUGCGCUCGAAAGAUUUGGCCGUAUAUUAAUAGUGUUUAUCAGAACUAUCAACACUGGAUAACCGCGCAAAUCCAAAAGAUUUAAAAAGCAGGAAAAGCUGCACCUGAAAUUGUUGAACAAAAGAAAAACCGGUUGCCACGGGGAUUGGACAACACAUUGCGUGUGAAAAGAGUUGGAUCAGCACAGGUGCGAUUGAUUUUCUCGGCAGUUUGCCACGCCAACAGCAGCGGAAAAUAUGCAGGAGGCCUACAUCAACAUUAACUCCAUUCCCACCCACAUAUUCACGUGGGGUAGGUGGAUUGAGGAAACCAUAACCGAGAAGGAGAUUGUCAUCUGCAUAACCGGCAAUCCUGGUUUACCUGGUUUCUACACAGAGUUUGCAGGCACAUUGCAAAAAGAGUUGGGUGAUCUUCCAGUUUGGGUGAUAGGACACGCUGGCCACGAUGAUCCACCUGAGGCUAGCAUUCGGGAGGUUCCUCAACUCAGCGGCAAUGAGGAGCUCUUCAAUUUGGACGGACAAAUCAGGCAUAAAAUUGCCUUCAUUGAGAAGUACGUACCGAGCGAUGUGAAAAUCCACUUGAUCGGACACUCUAUAGGCGCCUGGAUGAUCCUUCAGCUCUUGGAAAACGAGCGGAUACGGAACCGCAUUCAAAAGUGCUAUAUGCUCUUCCCCACUGUUGAACGGAUGAUGGAGUCGCCCAAUGGGUGGGUCUUCACCAAGAUAGCCAUGCCACUGUAUUCGGUGUUCGGGUACAUAUUCUUCAGCUUCUUUAAUUUCUUACCAGUGUGGCUGCGUCUGAUGCUGAUACAGAUAUACUUCCUGAUCUUCUCCAUUCCACGUCAGUUUCUGGGCACUGCAUUGAAGUAUUCCAAGCCGUCGGUGGCGGAAAAGGUUGUGUUCCUGGCCGACGAUGAGAUGGCCAGGGUUCGCGGCAUACAAAGGGAGAUUGUGGAACAAAACUUGGACAUUCUGAAGUUCUACUAUGGAACCACUGAUGGCUGGGUACCCGUCUCCUACUACGAUCAGCUCAAAAGGGACUAUCCAAAGGUGGACGCUCAGCUAGACACUAAAAAGAUCGCCCACGCCUUUGUCCUGCGGCACUCUCAACCGAUGGCGGGAAUAGUGAGGGACAUGAUCCAGCAGCAUCGACGGGAAUGAGAUAAAUUGUCGCCCUGGCCACGACUGUCUGCCCUGUCCUUUUCCCAAUCAACCAAAACUAACAGACUUUGAAUUCGGAUUAGGGUUACACGUCCCAAUAGUAAUUCCUCUAUCGUCUUUGUGUGACAAUUAGUUAUUUUUUAUUAGUAUCUUUUUGCAGCUCUCGAAGGAAACUAAAUAUAGUCAAAAAUGAUUUA